UAAAUGGCGUCGACUUUACUUUCACCCAUGGUGGAUUAUUAUAAUGACGAGGAAGAGCUAGACAGUGUGGAUGAAGACGAUGAUCGCAGUUUAAGAGGCAGAGACUCUGAGGAAGACACAGAAGAUGCCAGUGAAACAGAUUUGGCCAAACAUGAUGAGGAUGACUAUGUUGAAAUCAAGGAACAGAUGUAUCAAGACAAGCUGGCAUCACUGAAAAGACAGCUGCAGCAACUCCAGGAAGGCACACUGCAGGAGUACCAGAAAAGAAUGAAGAAACUCGAUCAACAAUAUAAAGAGAGGCUUCGUAAUGCAGACCUCUUUCUACAACUUGAGACUGAGCAGGUGGAGAGAAACUACAUCAAAGAGAAGAAAGCAGCGGUGAAGGAAUUUGACGAUAAGAAGGUGGAACUGAAGGAAAAUCUAAUUGCAGAGCUGGAGGAGAAGAAGAAGAUGAUCGAGAAUGAGAAAUUAACUAUGGAGCUGACAGGAGAUUCCAUGGAGGUUAAGCCCAUUAUGACCCGCAAACUCAGGAGACGACCCAAUGACCCUGUGCCCAUUCCGGACAAGCGGAGAAAACCUGCACCUGCUCAGUUAAACUAUUUACUCACUGAUGAACAGAUCAUGGAGGAUCUUAAAACGUUAAACAAGCUUAAGUCUCCGAAAAGACCAGCAACCCCGUCCUCCCCUGAGCACCUCCCUUCCACUCCAGUGGACACCCCGUCCCAGCGAUAUGAGGCACGGAUAGAGGAGGGGAAACUUUACUAUGAUAAGAGAUGGUACCAUAAAAGUCAAGCAAUCUAUCUGGAGUCCAAGGAAAAUACCAAGAUCAGCUGUGUCAUCAGCUCUGUGGGGACCAAUGAGAUCUGGGUUAGGAAGACAAGUGACAGCACGAAGAUGAGAAUUUAUUUAGGGCAACUGCAACGAGGGGCCUUCAUCAUCAGACGUCGGUCGGCGGCAUAGACGUCAUGACCCAUCCUCUUCCCUCUACUAUUUCCUGUCUGGAUAAUUUUGUAUGAACAUUUCAACACUCUUCUUGUUUUACCAAGUCGUCUAUGAUCCUUCUUUCUCUAUCCUUCGAUUCUGUUUCUUUUACUCUCACAUACGUACAGUAUAUACAGUACCAAAGUAUGUCAUGAACUAUCUCAUUCUUUCUACGAUUUCCAUUUCGUUUGGCUUUUUUCUUUAAUGAUGAAUUUUGCCUUGCACAUACAGCAUAACAGUUUAACUUCACUAUGUCUGUCUGAAGUUUAUUUUCUAAAAACUCCCCAAGACGGAAAGAGUAGAGAGUUGAUUGUUUAUUAUUAUUAUAGCAUUUGCAAUAGUUUUUUGUUUUGCAAUGUCAUGCAACAAUCUAUUCUCUCAUUUAAGGCUCAGUGAGAUUUCAUAUUAGUUUGUGAUUUAAUUUUGUAUCCAGUCGAAAGUUAAGUAAAUUUGGCUCAUACUGUGCAAAACAACGUUUGUUUCUGCAGUAUUGCUUGUUUUUUCCCCCCAUUAAGAGUUCUGUUACUUGACCUAGUUUUUUAAUGGCCCUUAUUCUUGUACAUUAAUUUACAUUCAUAUUAUCAGAGGAUUUCUUCACAGUACAACUUGCAAAACAAUGUGAGGAAAUAGUUUGUGACUAUUAUUUAAGCAGGUAGUGACUCUACAAGUCAAUAGAUUGGACACACCUACUCAUUUCUGUAUUAUUAAUUACUAUUUUCCACAUUUGAGAAUAAUAGUAGUCAUCAAAACUAUGAAAUAAUACAAAGGUAAGUAUGGGAAUUAUGUAAUGACCUUAAACCUCCCAGUCAACACUGGUGAGUACCUACUGACAGUGGUCCGAGGAGGCACAAACCGGUGACAGGGUGUUGGGCGCCCAAGGCUCAUCGCUUCACGAUGCUAUCUCAUCUGGUCCGCACCAACAGACAGUCUACUGUGGCACAGAAAGUCACAGAAAAUUCUAAAGGGCACCUAUUAUGCCCCUUUUCACAAGAUGUCAUUUAAAUCUUUGGUGUCCCCAGAAUGUGUCUGUGAAGUUUCAGCUCAAACUACCCAACAGCUCAUGUAUUAUACCAUGUUGAAAAUGGCAAUUUUUGGGUGGGAAUAAAAACUAGCUGUUUUUGUGUGUGUGUGUGUGUGUGUGUGUGUGUGUGUGUGUGUGUGUGUGUGUGUGUCUUUAAAUGCAAAUGAGCUGGUGCUUCCCACCCUGUAUCCAGAAUAGGGCGGAGUUUUGACAUCUCUGUUUCAGAUAACUAGACAUCAUAAGCAAUAUGACUGGCAGCUGGUGCACCACUGGAUAGUGGUGUUCAGCCCUAUAUGUUUGAACCAUUGUUAGACACUGAUAAGGAUCGAGUCUCCAUCAGAAGUAACAACUUUGAGAAUGAA